AUGAAGGCUAUUUCCAGCCUUCUUUGGCUCGCGUUUGCGUUGACAUCUGCCAAUGCUCGCGCUACUGAGCGAAACAUAGCAGAUGCAAUGAUAGAGAAGUUCAGCUAUCUUCUGAAUACAAGGCAAGAAGGAGCAGACGGACAUGACGAUUCUUGCGCUCUUUCUGUUGCAGCUUGUUCACCCUGUGCUGUGGGUGGGUGCGGGGCAGGAGGAAACAAGCUCAAGCAAAGACACCAUGUCUACAACAACGGGUUCUCCGAUGGUGAUGUGUAUGACACGAACUUUACCGCCAGCGAACCGGUUCCUGCCAGCAAGCACGAGCUGGUGAAAAGAUUGUUCGCGGAGGUAGAUCAAUCGAAUGUGGGCACACAUAUGGAAACACAGAAUGGUGCUGCUACAGCUGUGAGCUUGGAUGGCUUUUAUUCUAAUGGUAGCGCGACAAGCUUUUCAAGGCAGUAUGAAUUCGCAAAUUAUAUCACCACCAAUCCUAAGUCUAUUUUGAAUCCGGCGACUCCUGUUGGUAUAAUCAUGGGUACUGGAGAUACUCUCUUGACAGGCUGUGUCGUUUUGACAAUAGUAUCACGUCGAGCUGUAUACAUGGCGCACUUCUGGCAACCAUAUGGUUUCUGGGUGGUACCAGCAAUCGCCAAUAACGGAUGGAUGGAUGGACCCAACGGUGCAAAUCUCGACGAGAAUGUUUUGAAUCUCAUCGGAGGCAAAACGCCCUUGUAUUAUGCCUCUGGCGUCGCGCUCGACGUGACACUUUUCAACCAAGCGAACGACCUGCCGUAUGCUUACUUGAUGGCUCCUCGAUAUCCAGGAAACAAUGCCGCUGCUGGAAGCCCUGACCAGAUCUAUCUCUACUGGCCACAGAUUCAAGCAAUAGGAGCUUACAUCCAGGAGCUACUUCCAAAUCUGCAAGCUUACUUGCCGAUUCCAUAUAUUGCUCAAGCGCAGUACCCUGCGAAUGAGCUGUAUCGAGGUCAAGCUUUGUUCGAGUAUGACCCUAAUGCUGACGGAAAUGGUAAUGGGAAUUGGAGACUCUUCUAUGAGGAGACUAGUGUUGAUGGACGAUCGAAAGGGCAGAAUGUUGUUGGAGUGAAUCAACCUACUUAG